AUGGCUGCGCUUGGUGCUGGCUAUGAGUCGCCAGUGUCCCCGAGCACUGCGGACAGCCCUCAGCUGCUGAACCCGCGCGGGAGUUCACUGAGGAAGGUUCUCAUAUUGUACACUGGUGGUACCAUUGGAAUGGCCCGUGGUGAAGAUGGGAGCUUGGGACCAAUUCCUGGCGCGCUGAGGAGGCGGCUGCAGUCCGUGGAUGAGCUCAAUCAGGAGCUAUUUCCCCAGUGCUUCUUUGAUGAGUUUGAUCCGCUCUUGGACUCCGCCGACAUGUGCCCAGAAGACUGGUGCACUAUGGCUUCAUGUAUAGAGCGCCAUUACUACGACUUUGACGGGUUUGUCGUUUUACAUGGUACGGAUACAAUGGCCUACACUGCAUCAGCGCUCAGCUUCAUGCUGGAGCAACUUUCCAAACCAGUUAUUCUCACAGGCUCCCAGCUUCCAAUGGAGGAGCCGCUGACAGACGCGCGAUCCAACUUGCUGCGCGCCGUCAUCAUAGCAGGUCGAGCAGACCUCACCGAGGUUUGCAUAUUCUUUGGAAGUAAGCUCUUUCGAGGAAAUCGCUGCAAGAAGAUGGAUGCAAAUGCUUUGACAGCGUUUGAUUCGCCCAAUUUUCCGGAAUUGGCCGUCGUUGGAACGGAGGUCAAAAUUCACCAUCGAUUGCUCUGCAAUCCGCCGAAGGGCAGAUUCCGGGUACAUCUGAUGACUGUGACGGAGGUCAUUGUUGUUUGCGUAGUUCCAGGCUUUUCUGACAGCUUCUUUGACAGCGUGGCCACUGCUGGGAACGUUAAGGGCGUGAUUCUUCUACUAUAUGGUUGUGGAAAUGCGCCUGCGCGGAAGACCAGCUUUCUGGCAGCUUGCUCGAAGCUGGUGACUGCCGGAAUUGUGGUAGUCGCGUGCUCUCAGUGUAUACAUGGCAACGUGGAACUUGAGAAGUAUGCCGUGGGCCGUGCAUUCGCAGAAUGUGGCGUGAUUCCUGGCCAUGAUAUGACAGCUGAGGCCACAGUCACAAAGCUGGCGUACUUGCUGUCCAAGGGUCUUUCGCCCGGCGAGUGCCGCAAGGUGAUGCAGGACAACUUGCGUGGGGAAAUGUUCUCGCCAGCCAAGACUUUGGAUGUUUCUUCCUCGUGGACGGAUCUGCAAAGCCCAUGCAGCCCAUGA